UAGGAAAUCAAAGAAUCAGUGAAGAGCAGUCAACCAUCUCCACCAAAUCAGUCAACCGAUUCCUGGGGGAAAAAAAAAAAAAAAUGUCAGGCCCUCAGUGCUUUGAGCACCCACCAAGCCUCUCGACUGGAGCUGGAGCAGGGAUAGUUGAGGAGCUUGCGGGGCUGAAGACUUACACCACCGGCCCUUCUGAUUCCGAGCUCGCGGUCGUCCUCAUUGCCGAUGUUUUCGGUUACGAAGCGCCGAACCUGAGGAAACUUGCGGACAAAGUCGCAGCGGCCGGAUUCUUAGUCGUGGUUCCCGAUUUCUUGUACGGGGACCCUGUAGACCUGAGUAAACCUAACUUCGAUCGCGAGGCGUGGCGAAAACUGCAUAGCCCGGAUAAAGGAUAUGAAGAUGCGAAGCCAGUGAUUGCCGCCCUAAAGGCCAAAGGCGUGCGAGCGAUAGGCGCUGCCGGGUUCUGUUGGGGAGGGAAGGUGCUGGUGAAAUUGGCUAGCAGUAAUGACAUUCAGGCAGCUGUUAUUUUACAUCCUGGAAAAAUAACCGAAGAUGAAAUCGACGCUGUCAAGAUCCCAAUCGCCUUCCUCGGGGCCGAGAUCGACCACGCUUCCCCUCCAGAGGAGCUGAAAAAGUUUGGAGAGAUUUUGUCAGCUAAAUCUGAGUUUGAGAGUUACGUCAAGAUUUUCCCUGGGGUCUCGCAUGGCUGGUCGGUGAGGUACAAUCUCGAGGAUGAAUCGGCGGUCAAGAGCGCCGAGGAGGCCCACAGAGACAUGUUGGAUUGGUUCCUGAAGCAUGUGAAGUAAAAGAAAAGCACCGCCUUAUAAAUCAGGAAAAAAGACUUACGGCCAAAUUUAUGUCUCUUAAAGUAACAGCUAUGGGUGAGGUGUAGGCAUUGAACCAAAUAAUAUCUCCCGUGUUGUAUUUGAACCGAAAUAGCAACUCCACCUCAAUGCUUCCAUCGUGUCGGUUGGAUACCGAGUAGCAUUGUUUCACAACACGGAAAUCUUUACUGCAAUGCUGGAGUUCCCAGCUCCUCUGCC